ACAACAUGGAGGCGGCGCCGCCCCGGCCUCCGCCGCCGCCACCGCCGCUGCUGCCGCUGCUGCUCGCGCUCUGCUGCAGCCUGGCCCCCGCCGCGGGGGUGGAGUUGAGGUCAGGAGGACUCAGGAAACGAAGCGCCUUGUGAAAAGCUACACAUGUUCUUUUAAUUUGGAGAUUGCCAUGCGGUUUUUGAAGCAAGCCUCGCGCUACCUAAAUCAUUCUCUUCCGACACAUGCAGGAUUGCCAAGCUGGGCUGCUGGGGCUUGCAGGGUUUCUGCCAACCCCUCACCGGGGAGUUUCCAUUUGGCAUCUCAUCCGUGAAAGCGCCUCUUGGGGCCAGCACACUGCGUGGCCCCUUGGGCUGUGGACCCAUGCUGGGAAUGACUGAUUUGGAGGAGGAAGCGGGAUCUGCUUCAGGAUCCAGGCAGGUCUGGCCGCAAGCCUCACCGCUCCUCCUGUUCGCCAACCGCCGGGAUGUGCGGCUGGUGGACGCCGGCGGAGUCAAGUUGGAGUCCACCAUCGUGGUCAGCGGGCUGGAGGACGCAGCCGCGGUGGAUUUCCAGUUCUCCAAGGGCGCCGUGUACUGGACGGAUGUGAGCGAGGAGGCCAUCAAGCAGACCUACCUGAACCAGACGGGGGCCGCCGUGCAGAACGUGGUCGUCUCCGGCCUGGUGUCGCCUGAUGGCCUGGCCUGUGACUGGGUGGGCAAGAAGCUGUACUGGACCGACUCGGAGACCAAUCGCAUCGAGGUGGCCAAUCUCAAUGGGACGUCCCGGAAGGUCCUCUUCUGGCAGGACCUGGACCAGCCGCGGGCCAUCGCCUUGGACCCCGCUCACGGGUACAUGUACUGGACAGACUGGGGAGAGACACCCCGGAUCGAGCGGGCAGGGAUGGACGGCAGCACCCGAAAGAUCAUCGUGGACUCGGACAUUUACUGGCCUAACGGGCUGACCAUCGACCUGGAGGAGCAGAAGCUGUACUGGGCUGAUGCCAAGCUCAGCUUCAUCCACCGUGCCAACCUGGAUGGCUCCUUCCGGCAGAAGGUCGUGGAGGGCAGUCUGACGCACCCCUUUGCCCUGACGCUCUCCGGAGACACUCUGUACUGGACAGACUGGCAGACCCGCUCCAUCCAUGCCUGUAACAAGAGGACUGGAGACAAGAGGAAGGAGAUCCUUAGCGCUCUUUACUCGCCCAUGGAUAUUCAAGUGCUCAGCCCGGAGCGGCAGCCUUACUACCACACGCGAUGUGAGGAGGACAACGGCGGCUGCUCCCACCUGUGCCUGCUGUCCCCGAGGGAGCCUUUCUACGCGUGCGCCUGCCCCACUGGCGUGCAGCUUCAAGACAACGGCCAGACGUGCAAGGCAGGGGCCGAGGAGGUGCUGCUGCUGGCCCGGAGGACGGACCUGCGGAGGAUCUCGCUGGACACGCCGGACUUCACGGACAUCGUGCUGCAGGUGGACGACAUCCGGCACGCCAUCGCCAUCGACUAUGACCCGCUGGAGGGCUACGUGUACUGGACGGACGACGAGGUGCGUGCCAUCCGCAGGGCGUACCUGGACGGGUCGGGGGCGCAGACGCUGGUCAACACUGAGAUCAACGACCCUGACGGCAUCGCGGUCGACUGGGUGGCCCGCAACCUCUACUGGACGGACACGGGCACUGACCGCAUCGAAGUCACGCGCCUUAACGGCACCUCCCGCAAGAUCCUGGUGUCCGAGGACCUGGACGAGCCCCGCGCCAUUGUGCUGCACCCCGUGAUGGGCCUCAUGUACUGGACAGACUGGGGGGAAAACCCCAAAAUCGAGUGCGCCAACCUGGACGGGCAGGAGCGGCACGUCCUGGUCAACACCUCCCUGGGCUGGCCCAAUGGCUUGGCUCUGGACCUGCAGGAGGGGAAGCUCUACUGGGGAGAUGCCAAGACGGACAAGAUUGAGGUGAUCGACAUUGAUGGGACGAAGAGGCGGACGCUCCUGGAGGACAAGCUCCCGCACAUUUUCGGCUUCACGCUGCUAGGGGACUUCAUCUACUGGACCGACUGGCAGCGGCGCAGCAUCGAGCGUGUGCACAAGGUCAAGGCCAGCCGGGACGUCAUCAUCGACCAGCUGCCUGACCUGAUGGGGCUCAAGGCCGUGAACGUGGCCAAGGUCGUCGGAACCAACCCGUGUGCGGACAGGAACGGGGGCUGCAGCCACCUGUGCUUCUUCACGCCCCGCGCCACCAGGUGCGGCUGCCCCAUCGGCCUGGAGCUGCUGAGCGACAUGAAGACCUGCAUCGUCCCCGAGGCCUUCCUUGUGUUCACCAGCCGGGCCGCCAUCCACAGGAUCUCCCUGGACACCAGCAACAACGACGUGGCCAUCCCGCUCACAGGCGUCAAGGAGGCCUCCGCGCUGGACUUCGACGUGUCCAACAAUCACAUCUACUGGACCGAUGUCAGCCUGAAGACCAUCAGCCGAGCCUUCAUGAACGGGAGCUCCGUGGAGCACGUGAUCGAGUUUGGCCUCGACUACCCGGAAGGCAUGGCUGUGGACUGGAUGGGCAAGAACCUCUACUGGGCAGACACUGGCACCAACAGGAUCGAAGUGGCCCGGCUGGACGGGCAGUUCCGGCAGGUCCUCGUGUGGAGGGAUCUGGACAACCCGAGGUCGCUGGCCCUGGACCCCACCAAAGGCUACAUCUACUGGACCGAGUGGGGCGGCAAGCCCAGGAUCGUGCGGGCCUUCAUGGAUGGGACCAACUGCAUGACGCUGGUGGACAAGGUGGGCCGGGCCAACGACCUCACCAUUGACUACGCCGACCAGCGUCUCUACUGGACGGACCUGGACACCAACAUGAUCGAGUCGUCCAACAUGCUGGGUCAGGAGCGGGUCGUGAUUGCCGACGACCUCCCCCACCCCUUCGGCCUGACGCAGUACAGCGAUUACAUCUACUGGACAGACUGGAACCUGCACAGCAUCGAGCGGGCGGACAAGACCAGCGGCCGGAACCGCACCCUCAUCCAGGGCCACCUGGACUUCGUGAUGGACAUCCUGGUGUUCCACUCCUCCCGCCAGGACGGCCUGAACGACUGCAUGCACAACAAUGGGCAGUGUGGGCAGCUGUGCCUCGCCGUCCCCAGCGGCCACCGCUGCAGCUGUGCCUCACAUUACACCCUGGACCCCGGUAGCCGCAACUGCAGCCCGCCCACCACCUUCCUGCUGUUCAGCCAGAAGUGUGCCAUUAGCCGGAUGGUCCCUGAUGACCAGCACAGCCCGGACCUCAUCCUGCCCCUGCAUGGGCUGCGGAACGUCAAGGCCAUCAACUAUGACCCACUGGACAAGUUCAUCUACUGGGUCGAUGGGCGCCAGAACAUCAAACGUGCCAAGGACGAUGGGACGCAGCCCUUCGUGUUGACCUCUCCGAGCCAAAGCCAGAACCCGGACAGGCAGCCACAUGACCUCAGCAUCGACAUCUACAGCCGGACACUGUUCUGGACGUGCGAGGCCACCAACACCAUCAACGUCCACCGGCUCAACGGGGAUGCCAUGGGCGUGGUGCUGCGUGGGGACCGCGACAAGCCGAGGGCCAUCGUCGUCAACGCCGAGCGAGGGUACCUGUACUUCACCAACAUGCAGGACCGAGCGGCCAAGAUCGAGCGUGCGGCCCUGGACGGCACGGAGCGCGAGGUUCUCUUCACCACGGGCCUCAUCCGCCCCGUGGCCCUCGUGGUGGACAACACACUGGGCAAGCUCUUCUGGGUGGACGCCGACCUGAAGCGCAUCGAGAGCUGUGACCUGUCAGGGGCCAACCGCCUGACCCUGGAGGAUGCCAACAUUGUGCAGCCCGUAGGCCUGACCGGGCUGGGCAAGCACCUCUACUGGAUAGACCGCCAGCAGCAGAUGAUCGAGCGCGUGGACAAGACCACAGGGGACGCGCGGACGCGCGUCCAGGGCCGUGUCGCCCACCUGACCGGCAUCCACGCCGUGGAGGACAUCAGCCUGGAGGAGUUCUCAGCCCACCCUUGUGCCCGGGACAAUGGCGGCUGUUCCCACAUCUGCAUUGCCAAGGGUGAUGGGACGCCACGGUGCUCAUGCCCAGUCCACCUCGUGCUCCUGCAGAACCUGUUGACUUGUGGUGAGCCUCCCACGUGCUCCCCCGACCAGUUCGCGUGCGCUACUGGGGAGAUCGACUGCAUCCCUGGGGCCUGGCGCUGCGACGGCUUCCCCGAGUGUGAUGACCAGAGCGACGAGGAGGGCUGCCCGGUGUGCUCGGCCGCCCAGUUCCCCUGUGCGCGGGGCCAGUGCGUGGACCUGCGGCUGCGCUGUGAUGGCGAGGCCGACUGCCAGGACCGCUCGGACGAGGCUGAUUGCGAUGCCGUCUGCCUGCCGAACCAGUUCCGAUGCGCCAGUGGCCAGUGCGUCCUCAUCAGGCAGCAGUGCGAUUCCUUUCCUGACUGCGUGGACGGCUCCGACGAGCUCAUGUGCGAGAUCACCAGGCUGCCCUCGGACGACGGCCCGGCCCACAGCAGCGCCAUCGGGCCGGUCAUCGGUAUCAUCCUCUCGCUCUUCAUCGUGGGCGGGGUCUACUUCGUGUGCCAGCGCGUGGUGUGUCAGCGCUACGCCGGGGCCAGCGGGCCCUUCCCGCAUGAGUACGUCAGCGGGACCCCCCACGUGCCCCUCAACUUCAUCGCCCCGGGCGGCUCCCAGCACGGUCCCUUCACAGGCAUUUCAUGCAGCAAGUCCAUGAUGAGCUCCGUGAGCCUGAUGGGGGGCCGGGCCGGGGUGCCCCUCUACGACCGGAACCACGUCACUGGGGCCUCGUCCAGCAGCUCAUCCAGCACCAAGGCCACGCUGUACCCACCGAUCCUGAACCCGCCGCCGUCCCCCGCCACGGACCCCUCUUUAUACAACGUGGACAUGUUCUACUCUUCCAACAUUCCUGCCACCGCCAGGCCCUACAGGCCCUACAUCAUCCGUGGCAUGGCGCCCCCAACGACGCCCUGCAGCACAGACGUGUGUGACAGUGACUACAGUGCCAGCCGCUGGAAGGCCAGCAAGUACUACCUGGAUUUGAACUCAGACUCAGACCCUUACCCGCCUCCGCCCACACCCCACAGCCAGUACCUGUCGGCGGAGGACAGCUGCCCGCCGUCGCCCGCCACGGAGAGGAGCUAUUUCCACCUCUUCCCACCCCCUCCCUCCCCCUGCACGGACUCGUCCUGACCUCGGCCGGGCCACCCCCGGCCUCUCUCUGCCCCUGUAAAUAGUUUUAAAUAUGAACAAAGAAAAAAUUAUAUUUUAUGAUUUAAAAAAUAAAUAUAGUUGGGAUUUAAAAAAAAAAACAUGAGAAAUGUGAACGGUGAUGGGGUGGGAAGGGCGGGGAAA